AUGUCAGGCCAAGGCACAUAUCAAGGUGUCGCCACCUCUUACCUCGAUUCUUUAGUUGAAGGUGACACGAUCCAAGUGGCCAUUAGAUCGUCACCUGCUGCUUUCAGCCUUCCCUCAAACCCGGAAAGUACGCCCAUCAUUUGCGUAGCAGCUGGAUCAGGACUUUCGCCGUUCCGAGGCUUUAUACAACAACGGGCCAUGAUAUACGAAUCGGGUCGUACUCUUGCGCCGGCUCUGCUCUUUUUCGGCUGUCGUGCUCCUGACCAAGAUGAUCUUUACCGCAACGAGUUCGACAAUUGGCAGAAGCUCGGCGCAGUAGAUGUAAGGCGAGCGUACAGUCGAUAUGGACAGGAUUGCAAAUAUGUCCAAGAUCGAAUCUGGCAAGACAAAGAGGACUUCAUCGAGCUCUGGGAGAAAGGAGCUACGGUAUAUGUAUGUGGCUCGAGGGCGAUGGCUGAGUCGGUACGGGAGGUCAUGAUCAAAGUCAAGACUGAGAUGGACAAGAAACUCGGGGGUGAAAUGACCUUUGACGAGGCAAGCAAGUGGUUCGAUGAACAAAGGAAUGUGAGGUAUGUGAUGGAUGUGUUUGAUUAG